AUGCCUGAAAAUUUUGCUUCCGUCACGGAGGUGAGCAACACUGAACACCCCGUGAUAUCGGGUUCAACAACAUCUACCAACGGAGGCGUCAAGGCGCUCAAGAGAGCAGGCCCAAAUGCUCCAGGCGUAGCAUUCGUAACCGGAGGAGCACGAGGGUUGGGAAACGCAAUUGCCGUGUCGUAUGCAAGAGAGGGCGCCAGAGCUGUCGUUAUCGUCGACAUUCAGGAUGAGAAGACUUGUGAAGCAGGGAAGAACGCUGUCGAGUCUUAUGGAACCGAGUGUCUAGUCAUCAGAGCGGAUGUGACGCAGGAGAAAGAGGUAGAAAGAGCCGUGAAAGAAGCAGUCGCAAGAUUUGGGCGGAUCGAUUAUGCAGCAAACUUUGCUGGAGUAAUCGGUCCCGGCGAAAGAAUCAGCGAGAUCGAGUUACAGGAUUGGGAGAAGGUGAUGGCAGUCAACUCAACCGGGGUCUUCCUCUGUAACAAACAUGAGAUGAGGCAGAUGGCUCGGCAGGAGUCAAUCGAGGUUGAGCCUGGGCGGCCCUUGCAAAGAGGCGCGAUCGUAAACUGCUGCUCGGUCAAUUCGAUGUUGUCCAUGCCAGGCACCGGUGGCUAUACAGCAUCCAAACACGCUGUGCUGGGCAUAACUAAGGCGGCAGCACUAGAAGGGCGACAGCACAAUAUUCGCGUCAACGCUAUCUCGCCAGGUUUCUUAUUGACACCAAUGGUUGAAUCUAGCGUAAUGGAUGAGGACGGUCGUCUAGGAAAUGCACUGUGGGCUUACUUUGAAGCUCGACAAGGACGGAAAGCACACUUUGCUGAGAUUGGUGACGCAGUAGUGCUCAUGAGCCUACCCAGAAUGAGCCUGGUCAACGGGCAGAACCUGUUCUGCGACGGGUAA